AUGACAUUGAUGAUGCGGAGAAGAUUGAUUACUCUUCAUCCUCGUUUCAUGGAGACAGGUACUCUGAAAACUUUCCGACACGAGUUCUUGUCUUGCUGCGAAAGAGACUUCUCUUGUCUGAACAGGAGCGACAGAAACCUCUCUUACAGAGAGAGAUUGAGCUGUGGCAUUGCUGACAUCAAGAAAGACGAUGCUGUUGAUCUCUUCCAGUCAAUGAUCCGAUCUCGUCCUCUUCCUAGUAUCAUAGAUUUCAGUAGGCUGUUUAGCGCCGUCGCCAAGACAAAACAGUACGAACUCGUGCUGUCCCUCUGCAAGCAGAUGGAGUUGCAAGGAAUCGCACAUAGCAUCUACACCCUAAGCAUUGUAAUAAACUGCUUCUGCCGUCGCAGGAAGCUCGGUUUUGCUUUUUCUGUUCUUGGCAAAAUCUUGAAACUUGGGUAUGAGCCAGACACAGUCACGUUUUCAACUCUGGUAAACGGGUUAUGUCUCGAGGGUAGAGUGUCUGAAGCUGUGGUGAUAGUUGAUAGAAUGGUUGAAAUGAAAGUUAGACCAAACCUCGUAACGCUCAACACUCUUGUCAACGGACUUUGUCUCAAAGAUCAAGUGUCUGAGGCUGAAGCACUAGUCGAUCGGAUGGUGGAACAUGGAUGUCAACCCGAUCAGUUUACCUACGGUCCGAUCUUGAACAGGAUAUGCAAGUCAGGGAACACUGUCUCAGCCUUGGAUCUGCUCAGAAAGAUGGAAGAUAAAAAGGUCAAGCCUCAAGUAGUUACAUAUAAUAUGAUUAUUGAUAGUCUCUGCAAAAAUGGGAACUAUGAUGAAGCACUCAGCCUUUUUAAUGAAAUGGAAAGGGAAGGGAUCAAAGCAGAUGUUAUCACCUACAACUCUCUCAUAGGAGGGUUCUGUAACGCCGGAAGAUGGGAUGAUGGUGCACAGUUGUUAAGAGAUAUGAUCACAAGGAAUAUCACCCCCAAUGUCGUCACGUUCAGUGCCUUGAUAGAUUGUUUUGUGAAAGAAGGAAAGCUUAAGGAGGCUAAAGAAUUGUACAAUGAGAUGGUCCCAAGAGGUAUAGAUCCUGAUACCAUUACAUAUACUUCUUUGAUAUAUGGUUUGUGCAUGGAGAAUCGCCUAGACGAGGCUAACCAGAUGAUGGAUCUGAUGGUUAGCAAGGGAUGCGAACCGAGUAUCGUGACUUAUGGUACUCUUAUAAACGGAUAUUGUAAGGCUAAACGGGUUGUUGAUGGAAUGAAACUUUUCCGGGAGAUUUCUUUGAGAGGGUUGGUUGCUAAUACAGUCACCUAUAGCACUCUCAUCCAAGGGUUUUGUGAAGCGGGGAAACUUAAUGUCGCCAAAGAACUCUUCCAAGAGAUGGUUUCUCGUGGCGUGUCCCCCAGUGUUGUGACUUAUGGUAUUUUGCUGGACGGGUUGUGUGACAAUGGAGAACUAGAAGAGGCUUUAGAAAUACUUGAAAAAAUGCAAAAGUGUAAGAUGGGUAUUGAUAUUGGUAUAUACAAUAUCAUCAUUCACGGGAUGUGUAAUGCAAGGAGAGUCGAUGAUGCUUGGGAGUUAUUCUCUAGCCUCCUCCCUCUCAAAGGAGUGAAGCCUGAUGUCAAAACGUACAAUGUAAUGAUUGGAGGACUAUGUAAGAAAGGCUCAUUGUCUGAAGCGGAUAAGUUGUUUAAAAAGAUGGGAGAGGAGGAUGAGACUGCGCCAAGUGAGUGUACAUACAACACACUGAUCCGAGCUCAUUUAGGAGGUAGUGGUGUAGCCACUUCAGUUGAACUCAUAGAAGAAAUGAAGAGGUGUGGGUUCUCUGCUGAUGCUUCUACCAUGAAGAUGGUUAUUGAUAUGUUAGCCGAUGGUAGAUUGAACAAACGCUUUCUAGAUAUGCUUUCUUGAUCUGAUGGUUCAUCGUUGGAUUGUGUAAUAAAAUCUUGAACGAUCCAUAGAAUCAUCAACUAGCUAUUUUAUUCAUAGAAGUAAACAGACCCGUUCGGUUACAUGGAAAGUAAAAGCAAACUAUAUAUGAUGUGUAUGUAAACACUUUUCUUUGUAUAUUGAGCGAUUAGAGAGAAGAGUAAAGUUCAAAGCUUCUUCUGGUAA